AUGUAUUACUGGCAAGCGGGGGCAGAAGGCUACAAAUUAAAACAACAGCUUUGUUGUAUCGGUGCCAGGAAAGGAAUUCUUGUGCCAGGGGAGGAAUCCCAGUGCCGGGAGAGGAAUCCCAGUGCCGAGAGGAAUCCCAGUGCCGAGAGAGGAAUCCCAGUGCCGGGAGAGGAAUCCCAGUGCCGAGAGAGGAAUCCCAGUGCCGAGAGAGGAAUCCCAGUGCCGAGAGAGGAACCCCAGUGCCGGGAGAGGAAUCCCAGUGCCGAGAGAGGAAUCCCAGUGCCGAGAGAGGAAUCCCAGUGCCGAGAGAGGAAUCCCAGUGCCGGGAGAGGAAUCCCAGUGCCCCCACGCCCUCAGCCCAGGCCCUCAGCCCAUGCCCUCAGCCCAGGCCCUCAGCCCACGCCCUCAGCCCACGCCCUCAGCCCAGGCCCUCAGCCCACGCCCUCAGCCCAUGCCCUCAGCCCACGCCCUCAGCCCAUGCCCUCAGCCCAGGCCCUCAGCCCAGGCCCUCAGCCCACGCCCUCAGCCCACGCCCUCACCCCAAGAUAA